AUGGCCAAACAAGCUUAUAAUGAAGUCAUGCAUACGUAUGGUCAUCGCAUACUGCCUCAUAAUCACCCUUACACUGCGUUUGUGGCCCGUGUAGGACGGCGACUUGUCCAGGUGUCGGGUAUGAAAGAUAUGCAAUGGGAAUUCCAUGUGAUCAAUUCACCAGAGCGAAAUGCAUUUGUUCUCCCGGGUGGCAAGGUGUUUGUGUUUACGGGGAUUUUGCCGAUCGUACAAAAUGACGAUGGUAUGGCGGCGGUGCUCGGCCACGAAAUCUCGCAUCAGUUGGCACGACACAGUGCAGAAAAAUUAAGUUUUGCCAAACUUCUUUACGUGAUCCGAAUCAGGCUGCUACUACUCGGCAUCGAUACGUCGGUGUUCUUUAACCGCUUCACCACAGAAUUUUUAAUGAUGAUGCCAUUUUCACGCAAAUGCGAGACGGAAGCCGAUGCUAUUGGACUGCAACUAAUGGCGCAAGCAUGUUUUGAUCCCAAUGAAGCCAUCAACGUCUGGAGACGAAUGGAAUCGGCCGGUGGAGCGUCCGUACCGCAAUUCGCCAGUACCCAUCCCAGUCAUAAGAAUCGAAUCCAAUACUUGCAGAAAGAGGUAAGCGGCAUAAUAUGA